AUGUCGAAAGAAACAGCGUCUAUGAGAGAAAUACAACACAACCGACAACUCAUUGUGCAAGCUCUAAAUAAGAACACAACAAACUUUUCAAACUAUUCUAAGAUAUCUGAGUCAUUGAAAGAAGGAAGCUUAAAACUGACAUUAAACCCAAUGACAGAUGAGUUUCUAUUUCAAGACAACAAGAACCAUACUGUUUGUAUAAAUCCAACAAAAGGAACCUUAAACGAGAAACCUAUAAAAGAACUUCUUUUGAAAGCAGAUGUUGACAACAAAGCUGACAAAGAGUAUGUAGACGAUGCAAUAGCAAAAGAAGAAGAAAGAGCUAACAAAGCUUAUGCAACGAAAGAGGAUGUUGAAAAGAAAGCAGAUAAAACAUAUGUGGCUAGUGAGUUAGAGAAGAAAGCAGAUAAAACAUAUGUGGCUAGUGAGUUAGAGACAAAAGCAGAUAAAACAUAUGUGGCUAGUGAGUUAGAGAAGAAAGCAGAUAAAACAUAUGUCAAUGAAAUAUACCAAAGUUUAGUUGGAACAACAAAAAAUAUUGAAACUAUUGUUGGUGACUUUUCUAUCUAUGAAGAAAACAAAUAUUUUAGAUGGGAGUUUGUACAUUCCUUAAAAAAUGGUAUACGGUAUAAACUCAUUCCGAAAAAUAACAAUGAAAUGUAUGUAAGCUAUAUAAAGAACGAUGGUACACAAGUUAAAGUUCCAUUAGACAACAACUGCUACUUAAACUUAUAUGGAGACGAACAAAAGAAAUAUUUAAGAGUUUAUGAAAUGGCAGAUAUGACAUUGCCUGACCCAGCUCCAACACCAUAUUAUUAUAAGUAUGGAGAUGACGACAAAACACCGCAUGUAGACCCAAAAAAGCAAACAUUAUAUUUAGAAUAUUAUAGAUAUAAAAGAUAUAAUGCAAUAGAAAAAACGAGAAUAGUAUACUAUUAUGAAGAUGACAGAAAUAAAUAUUAUAGUCAAGACUUUACCUACCCUGAAAACAUAAGAUUAUAUUAUAAAAAAUAUUCUGACACAAACCAGAAGAAACCUGAAAUAGUUGCACUAUAUCUUAA